AUGCAUCUUCUCCUCAUACUCCAUCCAGACGAUAAACCUUGCUCUCCAGAUGACUACAACAAGUAUGUCACAGCAGAAAUCCCUCGACCAUCACAAACAUCAUUGUUCAACACCAUCACGCAAAGUAUGAAACAUGGCCCCUGUGGUACCGCCAACCCCAACUCGCCCUGUAUGGACCAAGGGCAAUGCACCAAAAACUAUCCAAAAACAUUCUCCGAAACCACCGAGCAAUCGCCUGAUGGUUACCCCAUUUACAGGCGCAGAGACAAUGGCGAGGAAAUCGACAAAAAUGGUGUCCUCCUCGACAAUCGUUGGGUUGUCCCAUAUAACCCACACUUAGCAGCCAAGUACCAAGCACACAUAAAUGUUGAAAUAUGCUCAACAGUUACCGCAGUCAAGCACUUAUACAAGUAUGUCUACAAGGGACAAGACCGCAUCAUGGCAUCCAUACAAGAACCAAACGAAAACAACGCUGUCAAUGAAAUCCACCGCUUCAUCGACGCAAGAUACAUCUCACCAGGAGAGGCAACAUUGCGCCUCUUCCACUAUGAUCUCAACAGUCGAUCACCAGCAAUUCAACGUCUAGCUGUACACCUCCCAAACCAGCAAUCAAUUGUAUUCACACCAGGCAGUGCACAAGAAGCACUCGAUCGAGCCAAAGACACCACACUCACCGCAUGGUUUCAAGCAAACAAGAUGUACCCAGAGGCACGCAACAUCCUAUACCAUGAGUUCCCCGAACACUACACUUGGAACAAAUCCCCUGCCACAUGGACACCACGUAAGCGCAUGUUCGCCAUUGGAAGAAUGUACACAGCAUCACCUGCACAAGGCGAACGCUAUUACCUCCGUCUCCUCCUACUCCACAUACCAGGUUGCACAUGUUUUGAAGACCUUCGCCGCCAGGAAAAUGGAGACGUUGCUCCAACAUUCAAAAUGGCCGCCGUGUUACGAGGAUACCUAGAGGACGACAGAGAAUGGGACACCUGCCUCCAAGAAGCUAAAGCAACUGCACAUCCAAAACAAAUCCGCAAUUUGUUUGCUAUUAUCCUCAUCUUCUGCUAG